AUGAUGAUAAACCGAACUAAAACGGGUUUGAUAUAUUCUUAUAGAAAUAUUACAAAAAGCCGUAUUAGAUGUUUGAGUUCGUCGACAGAGAAUGAAUCUUCAACGCAAGCUAAUCAUGCAAUUUCAAAUCGCCAAUUAUUGUAUUCCAUUGAUCCAUCUACUCCAGGAUCAAUUUUCUUCUUGCCCCAUGGAACGAGGGUAUUCAAUAAGUUAGUGCAGUUCAUGAAGCACCAACAAAUGAGAUAUGGGUUUCAAGAAGUGAUCACUCCUCUUAUCUAUAAGACAAAGUUGUGGGAAACGUCUGGUCAUUGGGAAAACUACAAGGAUGACAUGUUUAAGGUUGUAGGGAAUGAUAUAUCCAAAGAAGAAUCAGAGGCUGAAGAACAUUUACAUGAAUAUGGAUUAAAACCUAUGAAUUGCCCCGGCCAUUGCUUGAUAUUUUCGAAGUUUGAGAGAUCUUACCAUGAACUUCCAUUGAGACUAUCGGACUUUUCUUCUUUACAUAGAAACGAAGCAAGUGGUGCACUUUCGGGCUUAACGAGAGUUCGUAGGUUUCACCAGGAUGACGGUCAUAUAUUUUGUGAGUUGAAGCAUAUAAAGCAGGAGAUAAGAAAUACGAUUAAUCUAAUAAAAGAAACAUAUAAAGUGUUUGGCAUUGAUCAUAGCAGUAUCGAAUUUUAUCUUUCGACUCGUCCUGAGGAGAAGUAUAUUGGGGAUUUAAAGACUUGGGAACAGGCUGAAGCACAGUUGACCUCAGAAUUAAAUGACAGUACCGGCGAAGGAAAGUGGAGCAUGAGACAUGGUGAUGGAGCGUUUUAUGGUCCAAAAAUUGAUGUUUUGUUGAAAGAUGCGUUUGGUAAGAAGCAUCAAGUUGGAACUAUCCAGUUGGAUUUUAAUUUACCUGAAAAGUUCAAAUUGCAUUAUGUGUCGCCCGACGGAUCCCGUGAAAAUAGACCAAUAAUGAUUCAUAGAGCUGUAUUUGGUUCACUCGAGAGGUUCUUCGCUCUUUUGUUGGAUCAUUAUAAGGGAAAAUGGCCAUUUUGGAUCAAUCCUAGACAAGCAGUUAUUCUUCCUGUCAACGAUAGCCACGUCGCUUUCGCGGAGAAGUUGCGUAGUCAGUUGGUAGGUGAUAUUGCCAGCAACGAGUCAGAUAUUUCACCAAUGACAGGAUAUAAUUUUUACGUUGAUGUCGAUAGCCGAAGUGAAACAAUUGGUAAUAGAAUCAAAGAUGCUGUUGAAAAGGGAUAUUCAUAUAUCUUGAUUGUCGGUGACAGAGAUAUAGAAAAAGGCACCGUCGCAAUAAGAUCUAGAGAUAAUCGCAAAGUGAGUAAUAUGACCAUUGAGCACAUUUACAAAAAGUUUGUUGAGUUAGAAAGAACUUAUUCUUAG